GUUGUGUUGUGAUGAAAGUGGAUAAGACAGUACCCGAGGCGAAUCCAAUAUUUCAAAGACUGUAUUGUUCUUUGGCAGCCAUGAAGAAGGGCUUUUUGGAAGGUUGCAGGCCUGUGAUAGGGGUGGAUGGGUGUUUCCUUAAAGGGCCAUUUAAGGGGCAACUUCUAGCUGCAGUUGGACGCGAUGGCAAUGAUAACAUGUAUCCGAUUGCAUAUGCCGUAGUUGAAGCUGAGACUAAGGACAGCUGGAUCUGGUUUUUGGAAACCCUAGUGUCUAAUCUUGGGAACCAUGAGCGGCAUGGCAAGCCAACAUUUAUUUCGGAUCGACAGAAGGGUCUAAUGCCAGCCUUUGAUUAUGUCAUGCCAACCGUCGAUCACAGGAUUUGUGUAAGGCAUCUUUAUGCGAACUAUAGGGACAUUGGGGGGCAUAGAGGAAUUGCCCUAAAGGAGAAGUUAUGGGCUGCAGCUUCUGCAUACACUGAAGGGGAUUUUCUAAGGGUAAUGGGUGAGCUGAAGAGAAUGAAGAGUGAUGCCCAUGAGUACUUGGCCAAAAUUGAUCCUAGUACAUGGUCAAGAGCAUGGUUUGCUACGGAUUCAAAGUGUGACCUUCUGCAGAAUAAUAUAUGUGAGUGUUUUAACUCAUACAUUCUAAAGGCUCGCAAUAAGCCUAUCUUGACCAUGCUGGAGCAGAUACGAAAAAAGUUGAUGAGGAGAUACCAGGCUAAGAGGGAUGGCAUUCAAAGUUUGACAGGGAAGUUAACUCCUAAAAUCCAAAAUAAGUUGGAUGCAAUACGGAAUGAAUCAAUGGACUGUGUUGCCCUAUAUGCUGGUGAUGACAUGUUUGAAGUGACUGGUCCAGAUGGUAGACAAUUUGUAGUCAACAUGAGGAGAAAAAAUUGUGGUUGUAGAGUGUGGGAAAUGUCUGGAAUCCCCUGUGUUGAUGCAUGUGCUGCUAUUCGACAUAGUUGUAAGAAUGCAGAGGAUUAUGUUGAUGAGUACUUCACUGUGGAGAUGUACAAGAAAGCAUAUGAGCCAAUUAUAUACCCAAUGCCUAGUUAAGAGCAGUGGAU